ACGAUAUGGUACUAACUAGUCGACGAAUUAUCUUAGUAGGUGGCUCAAUCGUCUUCACACAACUCGAAGUAGGCGGCUAUCUUGGUCCGUAUUUUUUUUUCUGUUUACAACCAGAGAACAACUCUUGUCCGUCGUCAUAAUCUCAGUAAGCAGACGGUAAGCCGACAAUUCAGAUUCAGUCUCGGGAAAGAUUCCUCCGGGAGCAGAACAAGUUCGCGGUCUUCACGCGGCAGCAAAGCGUCAUCGUCGUCGUCGUCGUCGUUAGUGAAUUGAUUUAUACCUCAUUUCGUUAACCAUAACAUGUGAUUGGAGCGGAUGCAAUUCAGGCGCAAAGGCAAGGUCAGGAAAGAUGCGGGCAAUUUACGAGCGUAUUGUUGAUAUGUUCUUCCAAGAUCUCUGGUACCUGAAGCUUGUCUACCUACCUCAACAUUUGUUACUAUGGACGUUACUAGUCUCGGAAAUCCGGUACAUCCGCCGGUACCAAACCUCACACUCAAACCCGAAAAAAACCCCAACCACCAAGGAACUGACCCUACUGACAGUCGGCAAUCUUUCCAACCUAUUGCUGUUGGUGUUCGUUACCCUAGACGUUGGCCGCCCCUUGACACCUGCCUUCAUCCGCACCGUUGAAGUUGCUUCCUAUCUGUAUGCCCUGAUUCUGUUCCACUUGAGCUGCUCAAGAAGCGGCCUACGGGACCAAACGCUGCUGAUGACGUUUUGGAUGCUGGAACUGCUGAUCAACUGCAUCCGUGUGGUGGGGAUGCUCCCUUCUGUUUCAUCUAUAGCAUUUUUGGGUCUUUUGACGGCUAUGAAUAUUGUGUUGGGUGUAUACAGUGGUGUGGAAACCGAUGGAAAACAGUUACUGGUUCAAGCGAAUCUCAUUAGAAACAUCUCGUUUAGUUGGUUUUCGGAAAUUAAUAGAAAAUUUCGUUCGACUCUGGUGGAUUCGGACUGCGAUUUAGGUGGGCUGGACGAACGAUUACAAUGUUCACAGUUGAUUGAGAUUUUCAGGAAAGGGAAAUCUAACUCUUCGAAGGGUCGCUACAGCUCGGUGGCUACCAAUGAGGGAUCACUAAGUUUUCCGAAAGUCACCAUGGCGAGUUUGCUUCGGCCCUUCUGGAAGGAGUUCCUGAUCGCCGGACUCAACCGACUACUACUGACGGGAUUGUUUUUCGUCUGUCCCUUUUUACUGAGCAAGAUCCUACGAAACGAUCGGAAGUCGACAGCUGAAGAAAGUCACGGCUACGUGAUUGGAAUUUUGCUGACCUCUCUGAUGAUUGCAGCUCUCAACGGCCAGUACAUGUUUGACACCCAGAAGAUCGGACUGAAGAUCAAAUCGCUUCUGAUGGUAGCGAUCUACGAGAAAUCUCUCAAGAUCGAAAAACCCAGCCAGGCGGAUGUGACCUUGCUAACGCUGGAUUCUAACCGUUUUGUGGAACUGAUCCCAAACGUACACAUGCUCUGGUCAGGGCCACUAAUUUUCCUGGUGGCGAUGAUGGGAUUGAUCCAAGUUUUGGGGUUAUCGGCCUUGAUUGGAGUCGUGAUCAUUGCAGCUACCAUCGGACUGACCAAACUGAUUGGCGAUCGACUUCGGGUGCUGCAGUCGGAGUUGAUGCGCUGCAAAGAUCCACGAAUAUCCAGCACCAAUGAAGCAGUAGGAAUGAUAAGACAAAUCAAGCUUUUUUGCUGGGAGCAGUACUUCAUUCAGCGUAUUUUGCGGCAUAGGAAUAAAGAGUUGAGUAUCCUGAGAACAAUCAUCAAUUGGGAUGCUCCGAAGUAUCUGUUGGGAGUUGUGUCUCCUUUUAUCGUAUCUUUGGCAUCGUUCGGGUUGGUGAUCUUGAUCGGAGAACCCUCGCUGCUCACCUUGGAGUCAGUUUUUGUCUCGAUCGUACUUUUUAACAUUCUAAAAUAUCCACUUGCCAUGGUUCCAAUGAUGGUAUCCCAAUGGACAGCGACCAAAGCGUCGGUAGAUCGAAUACAAAAGUAUCUCUCCGGGAAAGAGAUUAAACCGCUGAUCAAAACCAAGGUAGAAAGUCGAUCCCGGAACUUUUCCGAGUCUAUUGAAGAAGUUCUUGGAGCUUGUCGAAAGGCUUUAGAUACACCGGUUGUAAAACUGGAUCGGGCUAGCUUCAGUUUGGAAGGUAGAACUGUGCUAAGUCAUGUUGAUCUUUCGAUCGGUGAAGGUGAAUUUGUAGCGAUAACCGGCUCCGUAGGGUCUGGAAAGUCACUGCUUCUGGGAGCAAUACUUGGAGAGCUCGAGCAAACUGGAGGGACAACGAGCGUAGUUGGACACCUAGGGUACGUUCCACAAGAAGCUUGGAUCCUACAUCGUACAGUGAAGGAGAAUAUUUUAUUUGGACAGAGCUUCGAUGAAGCUUUGUAUGAUACAGUGAUCGAGGCUUGUGCGCUUGGUUCUGAUCUCGCGUCACUACCAAAUGGAGACGAAACACUGAUAGGUGAAAAAGGAAUCACUAUUUCCGGAGGUCAGCAGCAACGGAUUUUGCUAGCUAGAGCCCUUUAUCAGGACGCUGAUAUCUACCUGUUGGAUGAUCCUCUGAGUUCAGUGGAUGGAGAGGUCUCGAAACAUAUAGCAGGGAAAAUGUUCAGCUCUGGAGGUAUUCUUGACGGGAAGACAAUCAUUUUUGUGACUCAAAACCAGGAGCAGCUCGCCUUGGCUAAUAAAGUUUUGUUUCUGCAAGAGGGUAGGAUAUCUGAGGUCUACGAUAAGCAAACUUUUCGGGAGCUGUUCGGUGAUCAACAACCGGAUCUAAGCUCAGAAAAGGUUCAUGAAGAUGCUCAACCCAGUGAACUUCAUGUUGAACCAUCUGUUAAAUCUACCUUUAAGAAUCAAGGUAGCAUUUCACCGAAAACGUACUUUAAUUAUCUCCGUAUGAUAGGUAAAUUUACAACAGUAGCGAUCAUUGCCUUAAACGUACUUAUUCCGGUUUGUGACAUCCUUUCAACCAUCUGGCUCGCAAAAUGGGCUAGUAUUGAUCACAGCCAAAAUUCUUCGACUGAUCACUAUUUCCUACUUACGUACAGCGUUAUAAUCGUAAUACUCUGUAUCCUACUUACCUUCAACAGUACGUUGACUACAGUUCGAGGAGUUGCGGUAGCAAAAGAAGUUCACCGCAAGCUUCUCAGCAAUACAAUUUACCAGCGGAUGAAGUUUUUCGACCAUACCAGCUCCGGACAGAUCAUGAGCCGAUUCGUUAGCGAUUUGGACGUGGUAGAUUCCAUGGUAUCGACUAACUUACGUGAUUUCCUUACCAAUUUAUUUGCCGUUGGCUCGAUUUUAAUUCUGUUUUGCUUCAACACUAGCAUCUAUCUAGUGUUGAUUCUUGCCGUAGUGAUGGUAACGUAUUGUUACCUUCUGUCAUUCCAUCUGGAAACUUCCAGACAACUCAAACGACACGAAGCGCACAGCAAGUCACCCAUUAUACUACACUUCAACGAAUCUCGCGAAGGGCGAUCCUCGAUAAGAGCUUUUCGCCGGGAGGAUUACUUUCUGAGUCAGUUCAUGGCGAUAGUGGACAACCAUCAAAUGUACUGCAACCUCUAUCUAGCCUCCAGCCGCUGGUUGGGCAUUCGCCUGGAGCUCAUCGGAGCAGUUGUAAUCUACUUCGUAGCGAUGCUCUCCAUCCAAAAUGAGCACUUAAUCGGUGCCUCCAGCGUCGGCGUCGCCAUAAGCUACGCCUUCCGCUUGAUCCCACUUCUGAACGCUCUGGUCCGAUCGAGUGCUCUUUUGGAAGAGAAUGCCACUUCGUUGGAACGAAUCGAUCACUACCUCGAGGAGAGGAAUGAACUCGACCUUGACCCAAACGAUUCUCAGAUGACCAAGACAAUGCCUUCCCCUUGGCCGACUGAAGGAAGUAUAGCUUUCCACAACCUCACCAUGCAAUACGGUGAGGGAAAAUUUGCCCUCGAGAACAUAUCGAUAGCAAUCAACGCUCGAGAGAAAGUUGGCAUCAUUGGUCGCACCGGGGCAGGAAAAUCCAGCUUGAUAAGUGCCCUCUUCCAGUUGUAUCCUGAACAAAUAUCCGGAUCGAUCUCAAUAGACGGUAUCAACAUCGCCACCAUCCCCUUAGCAUCUCUAAGACGCAGCCUUACAAUCAUCCCGCAAAGUCCACAACUCUUCUCCGGGACGCUUCGUGAGAAUCUCGAUCCCACCUGUCAACAAGCCUCCGAUACGGAGCUGUGGCAAGCCCUGGAUCAAUGUCAGCUUAAACACCUUGUCACAAAUCUCCCAAACCAAUUGAGCUCCUCAAUCGAUGAACGCGGUUCAAAUCUUUCAGUUGGCCAAAAACAGCUGCUCUGUCUAGCGCGAGGAAUUCUCCAAAAUCGACAGAUCGUAGUUUUGGACGAGGCCACCUCGACGAUGGAUCCGGAAACGGAGCGGGUCGUUCAGCAGGUGUUGGGGACGGCUUUUCGCGAUCGGACUGUUUUGAUGAUUGCUCAUAGGUUGGGAACUAUCCGGGAGGUGGAUCGGGUACUUUGUAUGCGUCAGGGGAAGGUGGCUCGAUUCGAGAAGCCUCACGCUUUGGAUGAGCGAGAUUUGAUGGAGUUGUAGCUGCCUGCAAGUAUUAUUGUUGGGCAAUAUCCUAGCUUAUGUUGUGGAAACAUUAGUUUCAAUUUUUUUAGAAAUAAGUUUUAAAGUACAGAUUAAC